ACCGAGGUAAUCCAUGACAGGCAAUUUGUAAUUGUGUAACCAUGGAAAUAUUAGCGGCGCUGCAGUACGACUUCCGUCAGGAAGCGGAAGUGAACUUUUACCAAAAACAACAUGGCAGCCAGACAUAUGAAGUUAAGCUGCCUACCCCAAAUUCAAAUGAAAGUUGGGAGAUGACAGAUUAUGCUGAUGGAUUUAGUCCUGCUCAGCUGGUACAGCAGGCAGAGUCACUGAAGUUAAAUGUGUCUCAAAAUGGGGUGAGUGCCAGCGAGGCAUGGGCGGGCCGACAACGACUGCAGGAUAUUUAUCAACAGCUCCUCCUUCUUGACCUUGAAUAUGCUUUGGACAAAAAGGUGGAGCAGGAUCUUUGGAACUAUGCAUUCAAGAAUCAGAUCACAUGGCUACAGCAACAAGCUAAGGACAAGAAAAACCCUAAAAGAGUGGAGGUUCAAUCAAGUUUAGCUUUAUUUCUGGAGACAGCCAGCGGAUUUUAUAUGCAGUUAUUACAGGUUCUGUGCAGUGCCUUUACUUUAGGGCUACCCCAUCGCAGGGCACCACAAGAUCUUGGCAUUCUAAAAGAGGUAAAUGCUGCAGAGGGCUUGGGAGCUGUCACUCCGCAGUUGACCUCCUGUCAUUACAUCUGUCAGCACUGCCUAGUUCACCUGGGAGACCUUGCUCGUUAUCGUACUCAAAUGCAACAGGCAGAGUCCUAUUACAGGCACGCAGCUCAACUCGUCCCUUACAAUGGUCAGCCCUACAACCAGUUGGCUAUUAUAGAGGCUGGGAAGGGGGACAAGUUGGCAACGAUAUUCUACUACAUCCGCAGCAUUGCCGUCAAGCACCCCUUUCCAGUUGCAGCCACCAACCUGGAGAAGCUGUACAGUAAGAUGGGGAUGGAACCGUUGGACUGGAGGCGAGGCCGGCUCACUGUCCACGAAACUGUUCUGCUGUUUUUACACCUACAAGCACACAUUCAUCUUGGCGCAGGUCUUGAACAAGCAUCGAAGAUGGCAGAGCGUCUGACACCCAAUCUGGUCAUUCAUACGUGCUCCAAUGCAUUGUCAGCAACUCAGCUUAUACAUGUUUUGGCAAUAAAUCUAUUCACUGUUGGUCACUGCCGGCGACAUCUGGUGGACACUGAUGGAGCAGAAGCAAAAGAAGAUGAACUACUCAGCAAAGAAGAAAAACUAGGCUAUCAACUUGCUUUAGGAAUUACUGCUGCACUGUUCAAUGCUCUUCUCUUCGCUGUGGGUCGGGGCAAGCAGGAAGUAAAGCACAGGGAGAUGCACACACUGUCUGUCCUCAAACUACUGCUGGACUACUUGAAGGGACAUGUCUACAUCUAUAAGGAAGCUGCAUUCAUGGAAAGAGUUGUGGUGUGGCCAAGUUUCACAAAAUUGCUCAACAUUAUUCAACUUCUGCCAAAAGACAACUUUGACUCCAGCAACUACAAAGACCAACCACUCCCAGAAGAUGUAGACCUACAGUGCUUUGCACCACUCACGAAUGUGCACAGCUGUCUGGAGUUUAGCAGAGAGUUGAUGACACCGGAACAAAAUGUGAAACUCCGUGUAUCGCGUCUCGUGGAGCAUGGACAAGCUCUCGCCGCUGACAUGGCGAGUUUGAGCGUGCUGAAGGUUCACACUGUCACAGGAGGGCGCCUGCUUCACUUUGAAACACCUAAGCAUCUAAACAAGAGCACUUCACUGCCAGGGUUGGAAGAGGAGGAGAUUGACAGGUUGAUGUAUAAUAACAAGAAGGAACUGAGGGAAAAUGGAAAGGUGGAGAAAUCUGUGAACUUUGCUGACGAACGACACGAAGACCGGCGAAGCCAGCGCGCAGAAAUCCCACCACGGCAUCGACGCGAAGCGAAGGACGAGAGUGGUGAUUGCAAGAGGAAGGAUUCGAGGGGAGAGGCAGUGGAAAGAAGGGGCUCACUCGAACAGGGGCUAAAGAGCUCGCGUAAGAACCAGAGUCCCAGGCCCAGCUUCUCGUCCGACAUGGAACUGGGAAUGAGAUCGAACAGGUCAGAUGUGCUCGGCAAUGAGAAGCCAUACUCCAGACAGCGAGCUUACAGUAACCCAGCAGAGGGAAGACGUGGAGCUAGAACACCUGGCGACUUCAGGGAGAAGGUCAGACAUGACUCUGGUCGUGAGUCAGUGCCGAGAGACCGGAGAAGCGGUAGCAUGGGAAAGAUACAGGAAGGUCCGGGUGCAGGCAGGAUCCAGGAUAGGAGAACAACGAGACAAAAUGUGGCAAUACAGGCGAUAAUGCAAAGGAACAGAGAGCUUGAGAGACAAGAAGAAGAUGACCAGGAAUCGACAAUGCAGCAGCCACCACAGCAGCAACAGCAACAGCUGCCAAACAAAGCUUUAGAUUUCCCUCCACUUCCCACAGCCGCGAUGCCUGCAUUCCCGUCACACCAGACCAGCACUACACCAGAGGAUGACAUUCUGCAGAGACUUCUUGAAGCACAGCUUCAGGAACCUCCCCCGCCAUUUCCUGCCAUGUCAACUGGCUUCUCAAUGACUAAUCAUCCCACCAUGCCUCCCGUACAACCCCAUCUGCCUCCCCCGGCUGCACACAUGUGUCCAAGGCAGCCUCAUCCACAAGGCCAGCCCCGGCCCAUCAUGUCACAGUCAACAUCUCAUCCUCCUCCGUCGGUACCUCAGCAUUUCCCACCAACUUCUCAUUUCACAAACUCCAUGCCCCCGCCUCAACACCUGCAGAUUCCCAACCUGCCACAGUUCCUUCAACAUCCCCAGCAGCAGCAGCAGCAGCAGCAGCAACAACAACAACAACAACAGCAGCAGCAGCAGCAACAGCAGAAGAACUCCCCUCAGCGGUCUCAGCCACUACCUGUAGGCAGCAAUACAAACAUGCCCCCACCAGAGGUACUGCACUCCUCACCUCGUCUCGGACCCAUCGGCACCCCGUCUCCACGAAACUCUCCGAUUGGAUAUCGGUUGGAGGGACCACCGAAUCACAACCGGGCUAGUUUUCACAACAACGCCGUCUCCGCACGUCUGAUGGAUGCGUUUCCGGGUCAGCAGCAUGCGAUUGGAAGAGGGUUAGCCAGAUCUGCCGGCUACAUCCGUCCGCCAAGCGGCAGUGGCUACCACUGGCCAGCAUCGGAGAGUCACGCAGGGAUAGGGUCGUCGAUGGACGCACAUAUCGUAGGCCUGGGGUCGGCGAUGGAGGCGCACGGGAUGGGUCACGUGAUGGAGGGACGGCGGAUCAUAGCGGGCAUGGACGCACGGGGCGUCGGCGCUGAGCACAGAUGUGAGCAGGUGGAAUUUGAUGCAGAUUAUCCCCUCGAUGCUGUCCUGAGAGAACCACGACAGGAGCUUGCUGCAAUCUCACCGCUACAGGGAUUCCAAGACUUCAGUCAGCAAGAGGAUUCAAGCUAUUGUGACUUGGUUCAUAUGGGGAGAGAGUCAGCAGAAAGUAAUAGCUCCAUGUUUGGCAUGAGGGAUGUACAGAGAAGUGUGGAACCGGCUUCUAACACUUACUCGUUGUUCAACUCCCCAUGGUCCAUGGGGCUGUCUGGAGUUUCUAAACAAGCAGACACAAGCAGGAGUCCAGCCGCUGGCGCAUCUGGGCAGUCCUGGCCAGCAUCGAGUGCAGGCGCCAACAGUCAGGAUAAGUCUCCACCAAGCAACGUCCAGUCGCUGUGGUCCACGCCAGGUCCGUCUCCCCUGGAAAAGUUGCUGCUGCAGCAGCGACAGGACCUGGUACCACACUGAACACAGCACUGACUCAUGUUGGACUGAGCUUGUGAGUAAUCUGCAGAGCAAGGCUGCACUAGCCUGGAUGUUCUCUGCAUCGGAUCCACUCCUGCCGCCGUAGAAACAACCAUUUCUGCAACAACUCGGCUGCCAGGAAAUCGCGCAGGAGUUCUGCAGCGGCGUUUUGCCGUAGUUGCCGUGUGUCGCUUGUGGCGACUGUUGUUGGCAGGCAGUGGGAUCAGUAUUGUGGCAAUGUGAGAUUGCUGGGAUAUAUAAUAUUGCUGUGGUGACGUUGUUUUUACCAUUAUUAUCCGUACUAAUCUAGAGGAUACGAGCAAUUAUUCUACAUGACCCGCAAUGUCGUUAACGUUGCUACGGGUCUGUAUGAGGAGUUUGACGUAUGGGAAAUGACAUUACCAGGAGAUAUACACAGUUUCCAGUAGAUGGGAGGUGAGACAUUUGCCAGCUCCCUUGAUGAGCGGCAGCUCCCUCGUGUGAGAGAAAGAGAGACUAAAAUGUGUUGAUGGUAGGCCGCUGUACUGGCUAGAAGUUCUUCAAAUGGUAGGAGUUUUCUCUUGUAGAAAAAAAGAUCAGGAUGAUGUGUGUGCAUUAAAUGUGUGCGUCAAUAAAAGUGCUGCUAGAGCACUGGGAAAAGUUCAUAUUUCUGCCAAAUUUGGCUUGUCUCCACACAUCAGGGGUCACCAAUGUGCAGAAAUUGUGUGCCUAGUGUUACGCACUGCGUACACCCAUGCAAAUAUUUUGUACCGUAUCUUUUAAUUCCAUUCAUACUCAACAAUAUAUAUAUAUAUAUAUAUAUAUAUAUAUAUGCAAUGGUCUUCAUCUCCUUGUAGAGAGGUAGAGAGGUAACUACUGCAACUACUACUCAAAGGUUUUGUUUAGCACAUUGUUUCAUGGAAAGUGAUUAGAAUUAAAAGAGUAAAAGUGCAAAAUGGGCCCCAGUGCCAUUGUAAGAUCUGCCCAGACUGUGUAAGACGCCAUAAGGAAUAGUAGCAGGGGACCUCAGGGCGUUGCUGUGCAAUGUUGUGCCCUGGUCCCCUACUGAGGUGGCAGUGGCAUGUUUGUGUUAAUCAUAUCAGGAGUUAAUAAAGACAAAAUUUGUCUUUAUUAACUCCUGAUCAUAUGUAGUGCCCCCCCACGAUGCCCGAUGCUAAACCAGUGCUGAAUCCGGAUUAAAUUAUUAUUUGCUCUUUUUGUAUUUUACAAAUCAGACCGAUGUGAAACCACUUGCAUUUUUCACGUGCUAGUCGCUGGUAGCAGAAGAAUGCAGUAGCAUAUAGUAAAUACUGCACAUGCAUCUCCUUAUGGUAGGAAUAUGCCAACUCACUCAUUGUGGUCAGACACAAUACUCACUGGUCAGCUUACACAAAACACAGUGAGCAGGAUAACAAGCAUGCAGUGGUUGUGUGUGUGUGUGUGUGCGUGCGUGCGUGCGUGCGUGCGUGCGUGCGUGCGUGCGUGUAGAAACCAUGCCGUGGUCAGUGCACACUGGUUGUAGUGGUUAUCGUGCACUACUCAAGUAAUUAACAUGAGGAAGCUUUCAUAUGGUCACGUUUGGCAAUCAAUGAACCAUAUAGUCGUAGUACCACAUGUGUGACUACCGCUAAAGGUACUGCAUAACGAAAGUCAAUUGCUGUUACGCUCGGUUGCAAGGAAGAUGUUCUACAUAGAACAAGCUGGCACAUAUGUUCGGACACAUGCCCGGUGUUGGAAACACUGCAAAAUCUGUAUAGCACAUACACGAGUACAUGGUCAAUGGAGUGUGCACGGUGUGGCUAAUUUUCUUAUGAGGCCAAAAAACGACUGUAUGUACUAUUGCGGUUGUUAUUGUAACGUGGUUUAUCAUCGGAGAAGGUAGUGUGCAUUAGUCUAAGAGGGAGGUGUGUGCGUACGCGCGUGCGUGUGUGGGUGCGUGUACACGUGUUUGAACGAGCUUGACCAAAUGAUUAAAGUUAAUUGUAUUUUAUAAUACCGUGUUUCACUGGGGCACUUUAAUAGAUGCAAAUUAUUAAAACCUGUCUCAUUGACUGACCCUGACUCCUUGUGUUUUUCGGCUUUUGCAAGUAUAUUUUAAUAAAUUUCACUAGCUGCUUGCUA